AUGGCGUCCGCCCCCGUGAAGACGGAAUGUCCGUCGGAACCGCCUCUGCCCCGGAAGCCGUCCGAAACUGGCCGGGGCAAGCUCAUCCUGUGCGCGCUGGACAAUUCGGACGGGUCCGCAGCGGCGCUGCAGUUCGUGCUGGACAGGCUGGUCAAGCCGGAAGAUGGCGACAAAUUAAUCCUGUUCCACGCGGCCAAGGACAUCGACCUGAUCUGCACCAACGCGGAGCUCAUGUUUGUACCCGACAGUGACAUCGACGUGAUGCAAGAUCGCAUCAGGCAAAAGUGCGUUGACGCUCUGGAGAUGCUAAAGCCUGAAAUCCAGGUGGAGACGGAGGUGGUCGUGGAGGUGGGGGAUCCCCGGCAGCUGAUCCCCGAACACGUGAAGCAGCACCACGUGGACAUGGUGGUGGUCGGAACACGUGGCCGGGGGCCAUUCAAGAGCCUCCUUUUGGGCAGCGUAAGCAGCCACCUGUCCAGGCACUGCCCGGUGCCGGUUCUUCUCGUCCCCACCCCCAAGUCGCUACCGCACGAUGAGGCGCGCAAGAAACCCGCUUCUGAACCGGGAAGUUCGCCGGGGAAGGAGCAGGUUUAG